AUGUCAUCAGAAUCAAGCAAAAAACGAAAGCCCAAAGUGAUCCGAAGUGAUGGAGCACCAGCUGAAGGGAAGCGUACUCGUUCUGACACUGAGCAGGAAGGUAAAUACUACAGUGAGGAGGCUGAGGUGGACCUGCGGGACCCUGGCAGAGACUAUGAGCUGUACAAGUACACGUGCCAGGAGCUGCAGAGGCUCAUGGCCGAGAUUCAGGACCUGAAGAGCAGGGGCGGCAAGGACGCGGCGGUUGAGAUAGAAGAUCGGAGGAUCCAGAGCUGUGUGCAUUUUAUGACUCUGAAGAAGCUCAAUCGAUUAGCCCACAUCAGGUUGAAGAAAGGAAGAGAUCAGACCCAUGAGGCCAAGCAGAAAGUGGACGCCUAUCACCUGCAGCUCCAGAACCUGUUGUAUGAGGUGAUGCACCUGCAGAAGGAGAUCACCAAGUGUCUGGAGUUUAAGUCAAAGCACGAAGAAAUCGAUCUGGUCAGCUUAGAGGAGUUUUAUAAGGAGGCUCCUCCAGAUAUCAGCAAGGCGGAAGUCACCAUGGGAGACCCUCACCAGCAAACCCUUGCACGCCUGGACUGGGAGCUGGAGCAGCGGAAAAGGCUGGCGGAGAAGUACCGAGAGUGCCUGUCCAACAAGGAGAAGAUCCUCAAGGAGAUUGAGGUGAAGAAGGAGUACCUGAGCAGCCUCCAGCCCCGUCUCAACAGCAUCAUGCAGGCUUCCCUCCCGGUGCAGGAGUACCUGUUCAUGCCCUUCGACCAGGCUCACAAGCAGUACGAGACAGCCAGACACCUGCCGCCUCCCCUCUAUGUGCUCUUUGUCCAAGCCACGGCGUAUGGGCAGGCCUGUGAUAAGACGUUGUCUGUGGCGAUCGAAGGCAGCGUGGAUGAGGCCAAGGCUCUAUUCAAGCCUCCUGAGGACUCCCAGGAUGAUGAGAGCGACUCGGACGCCGAGGAGGAGCAGACCACGAAACGCCGGCGACCCACACUGGGAGUUCAGCUAGAUGACAAGCGCAAGGAAAUGCUGAAGAGGCACCCGCUGUCUGUUCUCCUGGACCUGAAGUGCAAAGAUGACAGUGUGCUGCACCUGACUUUCUACUACCUCAUGAACCUCAACAUCAUGACAGUGAAAGCCAAAGUGACCACCGCUACGGAGCUGAUCACCCCCAUCAGUGCGGGUGACUUGCUGUCUCCUGACUCAGUCCUGAGCUGCUUGUACCCUGGGGAUCAUGGAAAGAAAACUCCAAAUCCAGCCAAUCAGUAUCAGUUCGAUAAAGUUGGCAUCCUGACUUUGAGGGACUACGUACUUGACCUCGGUCACCCCUACUUGUGGGUACAGAAGCUGGGUGGCCUCCACUUCCCCAAAGAGCAGCCCCAGCACACUGUGAUCACAGACCACUCGCUGAGCGCCAGUCACAUGGAGACCACCAUGAAACUGCUGAAGACCAGGGUGCAGUCCCGCCUCGCCCUCCACAAGCAGUUUGCCUCCCUGGAACACGGCAUUGUGCCCGUUACCAGCGACUGCCACUACCUCUUCCCUGCAAAGGUUGUCUCUCGCCUGGUGAAGUGGGUGACGAUUGCCCAUGAGGAUUACACGGAGCUGCAUUUCACCAAAGACAUAGUGGAGGCGGGACUGGCUGGGGACACCAAUCUCUACUACAUGGCACUUGUGGAGAGGGGCACAGCUAAGCUCCAGGCUGCCGUAGUGCUAAACCCCGGCUACUCCUCCAUCCCACCCAUUUUCCAACUCUGUCUGAACUGGAAAGGGGAGAAGACCAACAACAACGAUGACAAUAUUCGGGCCAUGGAGAGUGAGGUCAACGUGUGCUACAAGGAGCUGUGUGGCCCACGGCCGGGCCACCAGCUUCUGACCAACCAGCUGCAGCGCCUGUGUGUGCUGCUGGAUGUCUACCUGGAGACAGAGAGCCAUGACGACAGCGUGGAGGGGCCCAAAGAAUUCCCCCAGGAGAAGAUGUGCCUGCGGCUUUUCAGGGGUCCCAGCAGGAUGAAGCCAUUUAAAUAUAACCACCCUCAAGGAUUCUUCAGCCACCGUUGA